AUGAAGUCGAUUCACAGCUGGCGUCUUUGCAAUCUUAACACCGCGCACACCAAGAAAUCGAUUGUCCAAAACUGCUACACUGAGGAUCCUGCUCCUCCCCUUAUUGACGACCGAGUCUAUCUCUUUACCGGCCGCGACAAUGAUGGUUCGAAAAACUACGAUAUGAGAGAGUGGCUUAUCUUUUCUUCGGCGAAUACGGUCAAUUGGCAACACCAUGGCAGUCUCAAGAGUAUCGGCAUAUUGGCAUGGGCUAGCGCUAAAGCCUGGGCUGGUCAGGUCAUCAGCCGAAAUGGAAAGUACUACUUCUACGUUCCGGUCACCAGUCACGAGGAAGUCAUAUGA